AUGCCGAAAGCGCGCGCGGCAAGGAAAAGCGACAAUUUUCGCAUCAAAAAGGGGCGAGGCGGCCAUCGCGCGGGCUCGCUCGCGAAAUGCUGGAACAAGAACGCCGAGCUGCACCGAGACAGUCAGCUAGAGAAGCAUGACGAGCUCGAGGGCCUUCAAGGGCCGAUCCGGCCCGCCGAUGUGGACGAAAACAAGAAGAAAAUCGUGCCCCUCGCCCGCAAAUUUUUGCGCUCGUAUGCCGAAAAUUUUGCAACAGAUGCACCUCCAUCAGACCUGCUGAAGAUGCGAGAAGGCAUCGCAAGAGCCAAGGACAUGCGCCUGCCGUCGUACUUCGCCGUGCCGAUCUGCCUCAGCAAGCUCGGCCCGUCCGUUGGCGACAUGGUCGAGCAGCUCGGGUCCGACGACAUGCCCUACCGUCGCGACUCCGAGGCCAUGGCGAACUUCAUCGUGGACUGCGCUGCGGAGGUGCGCUGCCGGCACAAACACCGAUACGCCUGCAACGACCAGGAGACGCUCGCAUGGACCAAGCACUACAGCGCCGCCUACGGCUUCCUGGGCCCUUGUGCCUGCGGCGAACCGGGGUCUGACAAGCGAGAUGCCUAUUUGGAGAGCAUGAGAGCACUCGCGAAGGAUAUCACGCUCCACGGCCUGCUGUCCAAACUGCAGGAUGGGCAGGUGUGCCCUGCGGAAAUCGCACAGAUCCGCGAGAGGCUCGGUCGCAUCUGGUCCUCGCCGUACGUAGGCCAGUGGGUGAUCCGCUCGGUCCUCUGGUGCUCUGCGAGCGCCGAGGACGCGGUCCGGCUCAUGGGCUGCUACGCGACGUCCAGCGCCCAGGUCCUGUGCACGAAGGCAGCGAACAAGCACAUCUCCUUCGCCGAGGCCCGGGCCCUCUUCCCCACGUCCUCUCCCUUCUUGGUCGCCAUGCACCUGUGCUUCGCCGAGGGCAUGCAGAACGAGCUCACGAAGAACGGCCGCAUCAAGACACCCGCGGCCGCAGCGACUUGGCUCACGAAGCGCCGCGUGCGAGCCCAGCUCGCUGCCAUCCGCGACGCCGAGCGCAACGCGACCGGCCUGGAGCCCCGCCCCGACAAAAUCGCCGCCAUGCAGCGCCACGUAAUGGAGACGAAGCGCGAGUCGCUGCGGUGCGCCGGCGUCGCGCCACCCGCACACGACAACAACGCGGGCGUUCCGAAGCGCAAGCGUAACCGCGACGGAACUCCGAACCCCAAAAAACGCGGCAAGAUCAAGCGCGAUGCAUGGGCAAGGCAACAGGCGAACGAAGCUAAACGAAAUCAACUCCACAGGCCAAAUGUGGCAGGCACCAUAAGACCGACACGAACGCGCCAGGCCGCGCAAAAAGUCAUCUACACCGUUGCCGCCUACGUCGGCGGAGGCAUGCUGGAUAAACCCUUCUCGCAAAAGCCCUACAAGCAUGUCUUUGCCAGUGACAACAACAUGAAAUUCCAAAAAUCGUGCCAACGCAACCUGCGGACGAAAUUUUCACUCGUGGACAUGGACGAGACAAGCGCACGCGAGUUCGUCAAGCUCGCAACGGUCGACAUACCGAGCGGCGCCCAUGUGCAUUUCAACGCAUGCAUGUGCUGCAAGAACGCUUCUCCAAGCAGCGGCAGCUCGCCGGAUUACGAGGACUACGAUGAACAGAUUAAAAAACUCGCAGAAAUAGUAACGAACUUAGGCAAGAAGCACAUCGUCACGUUCUUCGCCGAAUUCGUCGUCAACCACCUGAUUAUUAAAAAAUUUACACAGUGGUUCAAACAGGCACAUAUCCGCACCAUCAAGCUAGCAGGUGAAGAAAAAAGGCACCGGGUUUUUGUCUCGGAAGGCUUCAGCAUCGACAACAUCGAGGCACAUUUAGAAAACAUGCAGGAGAAAGCAGGACCAACGGUCGAAUCGAUACUUGGGAAAGGCCACUUCAAAAUGAACACAGGAUCCAGAGCAAAAUGGAUUAGCACAAAAGAAAAAAUAGGCACCUUGACGUGCACUGGCAUGAAGUUCAAACAUGCAAGAUCAGGAAAAAUAACACAGUGUGGAAGGCAGCACCAGCAGGGACACCUCCCCCCACGCGCAUGCCUCCCACCGUACGUCCGAACACCACCCGACGCCGACACCCCACGACCACCCACGACGCAAAACGUAGCGCACCUCGAAGAUGCCACCGUAGCGACAGCCAAUCCGCACGCCAACCGUCGCACCGCGGCCUUACUCCCGCCGGCUCACACGUACGUCGCCGAUGAAAGCAACACCCAGAAAGUCGACUUCCCACGCAAACACCGGGACCUACAUCGCGUUUUGUCGCCUCGCGACAACAAAGGGCUGCUUUGCACCCGGAAGCCCCAAGCCGUACGCAGCAAUGCAGACGCCACCACACGGCUUGGCGAACUUAAGCCUCGCUUACGUCAGCUAGCACGCGCUUCUCGAUGCCUGCGCGCGUCUCUAAGAUCACCGACGGUCCCGCACCGUCGGCCACAGCUUGCUGAUGCGAGACCGCGACGACCUUCGCCGAUACUACGAGAACUUAAUCGAAGUGCCCGGCACGCCCACGACGUUAAUGUCGCCAAACUGAAGAUGCACAGGGACUCCAACUGUGGGCCUCUGGCACCUAUGAAAUACAUUGAAAGUAGGGUGCUGAAGGAAAGUGCGCAGAGCGUCGAUGUGCUCCUUGUCGACAAACUUCGUCUCUUGCACGUAGCACGGCGUGUGCUGCAGCGUGACCACGAAGUUUGGAGAGGACACAAGCUGAACUUGACCCGUGGUUUUCACAACAACAGCAGUGCCCUUGGGCAUGGACAGCCAAAGGGACCGCGGGAAGUGGGUUAG